AUGCAAAUGAGCCAGCUGUCCGAGGGGGAGGGAUACGCUCACUCCGCUCACAAGAUGGCGGACGAAGAGAGCAGUCUUCAGACGGCCUUUUCGGGCGCAUCCGAUAUGGACGAGCCCGCCGCUAAAAAGUCAAAAAUUACCUUGGCGACAAAAUACGGCCUCAAAGUCACCGACGCUAAUAAAUUCCCAUGCGUGUCUGGAGUCCAGCAGAGUUGGGAGGCGGCGGUGAAUUAUGGCCAGCCAGCGGAGAGGGAAGCGAAGCCGGCGAUGGCGGUAGAAGAGGAGGCCCCCGGGGCGCAAGGCGGAGACAACAAUGGCCUGGCAAUGCUCGUCUCCGAGCCCUUUAAGUCCGCCGUGAAACCAGACGACAGCGCCCUGCUCGAGACAUUCGAGGGCAGUGCCGGUCUCAUUGGGUGUGUCGAUCGCCCAUCCAAUGGCUUGGCUGUCACACCGGAGCAUGUCACAGAGGAUGAUGACCGAUCCUCCCAUGCCAGCUCCAGCGACUGGACACCUCAACCGCAUAUAGGUUCCUACAGUGUCAUCCAGCAACACAUCAGAGAGACUGACCCGAGGACCAUUUUAAGGGAGUUGCUGCCUGAGACUGUACUCCCACCAGAUUUAGAUGACAUGACACUGUGGCAGAUCAUCAUCAACAUCUCAGAACCUCCUAAAAGAAAGAAGAGGAAGGAUAUCAACAUUUUGGAAGAUGUGGUCAGGCUACUCCAUGAAAGCAAAAGGAUUCUUGUGCUGACUGGCGCUGGGGUAUCUGUUUCAUGUGGCAUACCAGAUUUUCGCUCCAGAGAUGGAAUUUAUGCCCGUCUUGCCGUUGAUUUUCCUGAUCUUCCAGACCCACAAGCUAUGUUUGACAUUGAAUACUUCCAAAGAGACCCAAGGCCGUUUUUCAAGUUUGCUAAGGAGAUCUACCCUGGUCAAUUCCAGCCUUCACCCUGUCACAAGUUCAUUUCCAUGAUGGACAAGCAGGGCAAGCUGCUGCGUAACUACACACAAAAUAUCGAUACAUUAGAACAAGUGGCCGGAGUUCAGCGAAUCAUCCAGUGUCACGGGUCAUUUGCAACUGCUUCCUGUCUCCUCUGUAAAUACAAGGUGGAUUGUGAAGCUAUUAGGGAAGACAUCUUUAACCAGCAGGUCCCCCAUUGUCCUCGCUGUCCGGAUAUUCCUUUAGCAAUAAUGAAACCUGACAUCGUCUUCUUUGGAGAGAAUCUUCCAGAAAUGUUUCACAGAGCCAUGAAACAGGACAAGGAUGAGGUGGACCUUCUGAUUGUCAUCGGGUCGUCACUGAAAGUCCGACCAGUCGCCCUCAUCCCACACUCCAUCCCUCAUGAAGUGCCUCAGGUCUUGAUCAAUAGGGAGCAGCUGCCUCACCUCAACUUUGAUGUGGAACUGCUCGGCGACUGCGAUGUCAUCGUCAAUGAGCUUUGUCAUCGACUGGGCGGGGACUUUGAGCAGCUCUGCUACAACACAGUAAGACUCACUGAGAUCACAGAGAAACCCCCUCGGUUACCAGAGCAGCCACCGUGCGAGGCCUUGUCAACUGCGGACGACGGAAGGCCAGAAGAGCCGAAGCAGCACAGUACAGACUCUGCCCUAAAGCUUUCACCACAAAGUCCGAAUGUCACAGAAACUGACAGUCACGUUGCGUCUCCAGAGUCUUGUCCUGAUGCUCAGUGUCCCAGCGAAGUGAUCGCUGAGCCCAACUGGUCACCAGUCAAAUACGGAACUAAAGAAGAGACCGCAGAAGAAAGAAGCCAAUCUUCCCACCACGAAUUUCGGCGACGGUGCUGGAUGAAUCGGAUAAGCAGAAGUCCAAUCAGCAAGCGCCUUGCCACGGGGCAGUACCUGUUUCAAGCACCGCAUCACUACAUCUUCCAUGGAGCCGAGGUUUACUCAGACUCUGAGAAUGAGACGACGAGCUCGUGUGAAAGUGACAGCGACGAGUCAGAAUGCAGUGGCGAUGAGGGAGGAGAGGUCAGCGAGCUGGAGGAGGCCGACGGAGAAGCCUGCCUCAAAGACACAAUACAAGACACUUUAGCCAAUGAGGCUACAUCGAGUUUGGAGACCGAGCGUACGGAGGAACAAACUCACAGCGCCACACACCUUUAAAGUACCCAAAUGACAAAGCACUCGUCUUUUGAUAUAUAUAUGUAUGUAUGUAUG